GCGGCCCUGCUCACGUUGCGCGUCAUCGACGUCUCUAGCCAUGGCGGACGAGGAUCUGGAGGCGCUGCGCAAGCAGAGGAUGGCCGAGCUGCAAGCCAAGCACGGGGAUCCUUCCAGUGACAUCGCACAGCAAGAAGCAAAACAGAGGGAAUCAGAAAUGAGGAAUAACAUUUUGGCUCAGCUUUUGGAUCAGGCAGCUCGUGCCAGAUUAAGUAAUUUAGCGCUUGUGAAACCAGAAAAGGCAAAAGCGGUGGAGAAUUACCUCAUACAGAUGGGCAGGUUUGGACAGUUAGGUGGGAAGGUAACCGAACAAGGGUUGAUAGAAAUACUUGAAAAAGUGAGUCAGCAAACUGACAAGAAAACAACAGUAAAGUUCAACAGAAGGAAAGUUUUGGAUUCUGAUGAGGAAGAUUAAUUGAUGAAAUGCAAAUCAUCUGGCGUAUGUCAAGGAAAGUAUGCUGUGCCUGGCAGAAGCAUAGAUGAAAAGUUUUACACUUUUUUUCCUGUACACAUUUUUUUUUAUAUAAAGGGAUGAUCUUGUGUUCUGUAUAAUAAAAUUAAGUGAAAUGGUUUUCUUAGACCGUUUUUAUAGCA